AUGAACGCCAUUAUUGCUGUAUUCCUUCUGGUUACAUCCACAAGUGGUCAAUUUCUGCAUCAGGAACCAAUCCCACUGGCCUACUAUCGUGACUCCGUUCCCAUCCACGAGGAUCCCCCAUUGGCACAUCCCGCUGUUGUUGAGAACUCCAUCAGGGAGAAGCAAUUGCCACCAGAGCUCCUCAAGAGUGAUAAUUUCUACAGCAAUCCCCGUGUUGCUGAUGGCCUGGCCAAGGAGUCCUGGUUCACGGACAAGGAAAUGCCUGUCUUUGAGCCUGAAGAUGAGAAGAUUGAAACAAAAAGUCCUGUUACUGUUAAGCGAAAACGCGAAUCUGCUGCAAAAUCAAAAGGAGGUGCUGGUGGUAGUCGAGAACUCGUGACAACCAGUGAAGAUGAGCAACCGGCAAAAAAGCAACUAACAAUUCCGGAGAUUCUUAGAGCAAAAGAAGCAAAAAAGGAGGCAAAUACAUUGAAGAAGAAUGAAACUACAGAGAAAAUUCGUGAGAAGACAAAAGAGAAACCUGACGUACAAGCGAAGGAAACCGAGAAGAAUGAAGAGGUUUUGAAGGAAAAGAAGAAACCAGUGCCAACACCUAAAUUGCGUAGUAAGAAAAGAUUACGGGAAACUGUUGACUCCACUUCCCAAGAAUCCUCCGUAGAUGAUGAAGUUGAGGAAAAGGAGAGAAAAACUCCCUCAAAUAUUCAUCAAGUGCGAAUGCCGACAAUUCCUGUUGUUCCCAUUGAUGCUGCUACACGUGCUGAAUCCCCCAAAGAGGUGCCGCCGAAGAAGGAAGCGCAUCCGGAGAAGACAAAGACUGAGACAAAAGUGUCAGAGAAGGUGGUGAAAGUCGACGGAAAGAGCUCUGAGAAGGCAAAAUCUCCAGAGAAACCCAAGACUGACAAACCAACAACUCCUGAAAAGGUAAAAGUGCAGGAAAAACCGAAAGUGCAAGAAAAGCCGAAAAGCCCGGAAAAACCUAAAUCAACUGAGAGUCAGAAAAUACAGCCAGCAGAAAGGCCGCAUGAAAUACAGAUUAUCUCAGUUACGUCACUCGCUCCGGAGGCGGCAAAUUCGAAGAAAGACAGUUCAAUGGAUCUCCAUGCUGAUGCAGUUGCAAAGAAAACAAAAAAGCAAGUAAUGAGGGAUGUUCUGAAGCAAGAAAAGUCUCAGUCCUCUUCAUCUAGUUCCUCCAGCUCAUCGUCUUCGUCCUCUUCUUCAUCAUGUUCAUCUUCGUCAAAUGGGAGUUCGGCAUCAGAAGAAAAUAAUAGUCAGAGAAGUUUGGACCUUCCAAAAAACAAGGAGAAACAGCAGCCACCAACAACGGUUAAACCGAUAGAGGUAGAGAAAUCUGUUAUUGUAGCAAAAACCAAUAACACCGUGACUGAAUCAACUGUUUCUAAUGUUGCAACUCCCAAGACUUCCACGGCAAAGACUGUCGAGAGUUUGAAGGUAGAAGAAAAGAUGGGUGAUGUGUCAAUUUUUGGAAAGAAAGAGAAUCAAGAAAAAGUCCCCGUGAUCAAGGAGAGUAAAAAGAGUAUUUGUGAUGAGAAGCCCAUGGAUAUUCCCAUGACCCCAGAGAAUGCAACAAGUGUUCUCAAAGUAAAUGAAAACUACACGUCUAAAGCUCACAGUGAAAUGCGUCCGAAUGUUAUUGUUGAUCCAAUUCCAAUGGAUAUUGAAGUUGAAGAGCCUCCAAAGGAGGUGAAGGUGGUGUCGGAGAAGAAGGAAAUGUCUCCAGAAAAACAAAAAUCAAAGGAAACGGAUGAACCUGUUGCUAAAAAAAUCAAGACAUCUCCUAAAAUUAAAGAUGGAAGUGAUCCAAAUAAAAUUGUUCUCUCCGAUUCGGAGUCAGAGACUGAAAUUGAUGGACAGAAAAUAAAGAUCCUGAAGAAUCCACCGGAAGAUCUUGUGAAGAAUGUUAUAAAGCAAGUUGAAACGGAACUUCCGACUCCGACGAAAGAAAGUAAGGAGAUGUCUGUGAUUAAGAUAAGUAAAGAACAAAUGGAAAGUUCCACAAUCCCAGCUGUUCCGGUGUUUGAUGGUGCAGAGAAGAAGGAUGAAGGGGCUUUCCAGCCAAAAAACUUAUUGGGACAUGCUAAGCCAACUGGUGGAGGUGGUGGUGGUGGAAUGAAUCCUGCAGUUGCACCGAAUCAACCUUCAGUUGAAGACACAAAAGCUCAACAGAAUGUUGAUAGAGAUGCUGAAAAGUUGUUUACAUCACAACAGCAGCAACAACAACAAGUACCUGCUCCAAAACCUCCAGAGCGUCUUUCAGAGGUUAGGAGAUCAUCCAAGGAUUCUCGAUCAACACCUGCAUCUGCAACAAAACCACCCCCAUCUGCUCAAGAAAGUCAAUCAUCCGUUGCAAAGAAAUCUCAAUCAACUGGAACGGAUUUUAAACCUGAACACAAAUCACAUAGUCGAAGUAAUAACCUGGAUGCAAUAAAAAGUGAAACAAGGUGUAAUCCAGCAAUGGAAUUGGGGGGUAAUCAACCGAGAAAGGAUGAUUCACCUAAUAAGAAAGAGCACAAAACUUCAACGUCUGUUGGAACGAGCACACUAUCAGCAUCAACAUCAACUACAACGGCAACAGUGUCAAAGGGUAGUGAUGGACAUUCAGUUGCCAGUAAUAGUAACAGUAGCAGUACGAAGACUCAGCAUCAUCAGGAAAGUACAGCCAAGAAUACAUCCACAUCAUCUUCAUCUUCGUCCUCCACUACGUCGUCUGCAUUAUCAAGUAGUCGACAGGCAUCGAAGCAACAGGCACUGCAGCAGCAGCAGCAACAGUUGCAACAGCAACAGCAACAGUAUCAGCAGCAACAUUCAGCAGCUGCUCAGCAGAGUAUUUUGGAUCAGAAGGCAAUUGAAUUGAAUAAAAUGCAAUUUGCCACGAUGAAUUCCCUGCCAAACUACCACACAACACAUCCGCAGUAUUGGCAAUGGGAGGCCUACUACCAGGGUUACAAUCCCCUUCCGCAUUUGGAUCCAACAACACAAAAAUCCCCCAAUAAAUUCCACAAAGAUCUCGCUUCGUCAAUGGCCUACGGACAUGGAUUGCCGCAGAAUCUCUAUCAAAAUAGCCUCACAAUGCAACCCCAACCACCGCAGACACAACACAUUGCCCCGCCAAUUGUGAAAGAAAAAUCCCAGAGGAGUGACAAGCAGAAGUCGUCGAAAUCAUCAAAAUCCGAUGAGAAGGCAUAUCAGGGAAGUGGAAUGAGUGGAAGUAUGGUUAGUAAGGGUCAGCAGUAUUCGAAUGCAAGUUCUCAGAGUAUGUCGUCUUCGAAUGCUUCGUCUAAAUCCAAAGGGCAUCAUCAUCAUGGGAAGAGUGAGGAGAAAACUUUGGCAGCGCAUAUGAAUGCAAAUGCUGCGCAGCAUCAAUCAGCAGCUGCCAUUAUGGUUAAUAGUCAUCAGGAAGCAAUGGCGAAUCUCAAUUCCCACAUGCACCAUCAGCAGCAGCAGCAACAGCAGAGUCAUCAACAGCAGCAACAGAUGAUGGGGAAGUCUGAAGAUCACACUGAUGUUACGACGGUGACUGCGGAUAUAAAGCAGCAUAAUACACCCCCGUCUACGGAUAUCCCCUCAAUGGGUGUCUAUACGCCAGACUCAACGACAAAUUCCGUGCAUAGCUUGCACUAUGGGCAAUGUGAUAUUGAUGUGAGUCAGUUGGGAUUGGAGUCACCAACGAGUACAAGUAGUGAUAUUGCGUCACAAAAUUCCGUUGAAAAUGUGAGACCACCGAGUGUUGUACCUCAGCAGCAUAGUCAACAAGUGCAGCAGCAGCAGUAUUCAGAUUGUUCGGUGCAUCAGCAGCAUCAACAAAUGCAGCAGCAACAACAACAACAGCAGCAGCAGCAACACAUAAAUAUGGUACCAACAUCAAGUCCGCAGCAUCAAAUGGCAAUGGCAGCCAUGGCGGCGGCGGCAAAUAUGGUUCCAAGUCAGGGAAUGUCACAGAGUCAAUCGCGUAAGAUGUCACAGCAGCAUCAUCAGCAACAGAGUCAGCGAAGUGGUGGGAGUGCAGCGACAAAUCGGGCAUCAACGCCAAAGGUGACAGCGGGGCAGCAUCAUAGGAACACAUCAACACCUGGGGCUAAUAAUCAACGGCAGCAACAUACGGCUACGCCACCUGUGGGGAAUAAUAAUCAACAAAUGGCCAGUCCAAAUCAGGCGUCGCAGCAUCAGCAGUUGCAGCAUCAGCAUCUCAAUCAGCAAGCUGCUGCACAGCAACAGCAACAAAAUUUGCAGCAUAUGCAGUAUGGGCAUAUGUUGCAUGGGCAUCAUCAUCAAGCUAUGACACCACAGGCGGGUAACUACAUUGGUGCACCGCAGAUGACGCAGAAUUUCCCCGCACAAUCCCCCAAUUCGUAUGGUUCAAUGACAACGGUCAUACAGCAUAGGAUGUCGGGGACACCGCAUGGGAAUUUGACAGCUCAUAACCCACUAUCGAGUCCACAGCAGCGCCUUGGCCCGUCGCCAUCGGCAUGUUCGGCAGGGAAUAAUUUCUACAUUCAAUCACCAGGGAAUGCGACGCAUCAUCAGAGUCACACGCCCGUGCCGCAGAUUGCCACGCCGACCCCAUCGGCAACACCAACGCCACAAAUGAGCGGUGGUGGGGGACCACCAAGUGGUGCUGGACAGGCAGCAGCGGGGAAUAUGUGUAGCCUUUCCAAGUUGCAACAACUGACAAAUGGGCUGGAGAUGAUUCAACCAGGUGGAGGAUGCAAUACCCCACCAGCGGGAACGGUUAACCUAACCCCACCGCCAAAUCAUCAUCCCCACGCAACGAUGACACCACCCCCAACGCAUUUGGUGCAACAGAACCCAGCCCGGAACAUCUCAACGCCUCCGGCUUCGCUGCAAUCGCAAAUGGCGGCAUCCCUUGGGUACCAUCACAAAUACUAUCCGGGUAAUGUGAAUUCACCCGUUGGCGCGGGGAAUGGGGCAGCAGCUGCUGGGAGUGGUGGGGCGAGUAGGACAUCGAGGAAUACAGCAUCAGCUCCGGUACAGCAUAUGCCGUCAGCGGCGGCAGCAGCAGCAGCAGCUGCAGCAAGUCGGGUGAGUCCAAAUGUGACCAUAAGUCCGAAUCUUAUGUCACCCUAUGGCACUCUCAAUGGCUACCGGAUGGCGGCACAGCAGUCAGCGGGUUCCGUUGCCACCUACAUCACCAAUUCAGCUGCAGCAGCGGGCUUCAACCCCCAACUUCCGGUGCAGAUGAAUGUGAUGAAUAUGCAGAGUCAGUACCAAGAUCCAGCCUCAAUUCAACGGGCAGCGCAACAGAAUUCCGUCUAUUCGCCGUACUACAUCUCACUCAAUGGAUCAAUGCGUCGGUAGAGUACGAGAUCGUCACCCAGCAAUUGCUGGGUGACCAAAACUGAGCCACAGGAUGUGGACAAUGACGAUGAUGAUGAUUACUAUGACUAAAAGAAAAGACAUUCCAACUUCUCUUGCAUGAGAAUCAAAUCAAAGUAAGCCUGUGAGUGUUGUCAAGGUGAAUCCACCGCGACGCUCAAGGGCGCAAAAAAAUGUUUAAAAAAAAGCAAAACAAAGAAA